CUGUCAUAAACCCUAAUUUACCUUCUCCAAGUGAUCCUCGGAUUUUCAAAUUCCUGUCUUUUCCCCUUCCUCUCAAUAAAGAAAAGAAAAAAUUACCAGAGACGACAGACAGCGAGUCGCAUAAUAGCAGUCUAGUCGGACAACCUCGGAGCGGAUUUAGGUUUUGACAGUUACGAAGAGGAAAAAAGUGGAAAAGGGGCGUUCUUUAUCUUCUUCAAGAUCCUCUUUCUUUCUCUUCCUGUGAUUCAUCGGACAGUUGCCUCCUCCCUAGGGCUUAUGCUUACGCCAACUGAGGUUUCUUAUUAAGUUGUGAUCGAGGGUUAUUUUCAACGAGAGUGAGAUAGUGCUGUGAAGGUCGCUUCUUCUCUGCUCCACGCUCUGUUAAGUUCUUUUAGGUUUCAGUUCGAGCGGGUUUGAUUGAACUUGCGAUUCCUGAGGGGUUUGGAUGAAAUUGAGGGGAUUUAUGGCGGCGUUGUUGAACUUUGACACAUUUACGUAGAAAGGAAGGGGACGUGCAGAUUGAGGUUUGUGGGAGAAGAAGAGCUUCUUCUUGGGUAGAAAGCAAAGAUGAUUGCUGAGAAACCCAGUUGGGUUAAGCAUGAGGGAAUGCAGAUUUUCUCCAUCGAUAUCCAGCCCGGUGGCCUCAGGUUUGCCACUGGUGGAGGUGACCAUAAGGUCAGGAUAUGGAAUAUGAAAUCUGUUAGCAGGAAUUUAGAAGAGAAUGAUGAAUCACAGAGGCUAUUAGCGACUCUACGUGAUCAUUUUGGUUCGGUUAAUUGUGUGAGGUGGGCGAAGCAUGGCCGUUAUGUUGCAUCUGGUUCCGAUGAUCAGGUGAUCUUAGUUCAUGAAAAGAAGCCUGGUUCUGGAACCACAGAGUUUGGUAGUGGGGAGCCCCCAGACGUGGAGAAUUGGAAGGUUGCAUUGACUUUGAGAGGGCAUAGCGCUGAUGUGGUGGAUCUCAACUGGUCGCCGGAUGAUUCCACACUGGCUAGUGGAAGUUUGGACAACACAGUUCAUGUCUGGAAUAUGAGCAAUGGAAUAUGCACGGCCGUUCUUAGAGGUCACUCUAGCCUAGUUAAAGGAGUUGCUUGGGAUCCCAUUGGCUCUUUCAUAGCAAGUCAAUCAGAUGAUAAGACUGUGAUUAUCUGGAGAACGAGUGACUGGAGCUUGGCUCACAGAACCGAUGGCCACUGGGCGAAAUCACUUGGAUCGACUUUUUUCAGGCGUCUUGGCUGGUCACCUUGUGGCCAUUUCAUAACAACCACACAUGGUUUCCAAAAGCCUAGGCAUUCUGCUCCUGUUCUAGAGAGAGGAGAGUGGGCUGCAACAUUUGACUUCCUUGGACACAAUGCUCCCAUAAUAGUUGUGAAGUUUAACCAUUCAAUGUUUAGGAGAAACACUUCGAAUGCCCAAGAGGCUAAAACUGCAGCAGUUGGGUGGUCAAAUGGGGCGUCAAAGACUGCAAGCAAAGAGUCUCAGCCAUACAAUGUUAUUGCAAUUGGUAGUCAGGAUCGAACAAUAACCGUAUGGACGACUGCAAGUCCUCGCCCUCUUUUUGUGGCCAAGCAUUUCUUCAUGCAAAGUGUCGUCGACCUGUCCUGGAGCCCUGAUGGAUACUCGCUCUUCGCCUGUUCAUUGGAUGGAUCAGUGGCUACUUUCCAUUUUGAUGCAAAAGAACUUGGACAAAAGCUGAGUGAUACUGAACUAAGUGAGUUAAAGAGAAGCCGAUAUGGUGAUGUCAAAGGCCGACAGGCAAACUUGGCAGAGAGUGCUGAACAAUUGUUGCUCGAGGCAGCCUCAGCUAAGCAGACAGCCAGCAAAAAGGUGGCUGUAGACAAUAAGCAAAAUGAGCCACCUAUAAAAUCUUCAGUUGAGUUAGUGCCCAUUACAAAGCCCCCUGAGCCCCAAGUCGAUGCCGAGAAGAAAGGUGGAGGAGUGGUCACUAAUAAUGAUGGUUUGAAUAAUAAAGUCUCAACUUCUGCUCGAGUUUCUAGCCCUGUGAAACAACGAGAAUACAGGCGCCCUGAUGGCAGGAAGAGAAUAAUUCCAGAAGCACUUGGUGUGCCAAGUCAGCCAAAUACGGUAUCUGCAGGGGUCCAUGCUGCUCAAGCCCUUGAGUUCCCCUCUACAGCGACUGAUCUCAGAAAGGAAGAAAAUGGGUUAGUUCCCAUUGAUGUUCUUGGCAUGCAUGCGGGCCCACAUAGAGGAGCAGUUGGCCGAAGCUCCAAUUUGAAGGAACGAGGCGGGUUUACUGCUAGAGCUACCAUUACAGAGAGUUUGGUUAUUGAAAAGGUGGCUCCAGAAGCAUCUUCACUUGGGGACAGUGGUACCAUCAGUGUUGAACAGUCUGGCAGUGUGAAAGCAUCUAGCUCCUCUAGUGCUGGUAGUAAUACACUUUCAAUCAGGGUGUUUGAUAAGAGAGUAGGUGAAGACAAUUUACCAAUAUGCUUGGAAGCUCACCUUAGAGAACGUGCAGUAACUGAUGUUUUUGGCAAUGCAAAGACUAGUACAAUAAAGGAAACUGAAGUUUCUUGUACCAAAGGGGCCCAAACCCUUUGGUCUGAUAGGAUAUCUGGAAAAGUAACUGUGUUAGCUGGAAAUGCCAACUUUUGGGCUGUUGGUUGUGAAGAUGGUUGUCUACAGAUAUACACAAAAUUUGGGAGGCGUGCAAUGCCAACAAUGAUGACAGGAUCAGCUGCAACUUUUGUAGACUGCGAUGAGAACUGGAAGUUGUUGUUGGUCACACAGAAGGGAUCUUUAUAUAUAUGGGAUCUCUUCAGGCGCAGCUGUCUUCUUCAGGACUCAUUAACAUCUCUGGUCAUUUCAGAUCCAAAAUCCUCUACAAAAGGCACAAUCAAAGUUAUAUCAGCCAAGUUAUCAAAGUCUGGUUCACCUUUGGUUGUUCUGGACACUCGUCAUGCUUUCCUUUUUGACACGAGCCUUAGGUGUUGGCUGAGGGUGGCAGACGAUUGCUUUCCUACUUCUAAUUUUGCUAGCUCGUGGAAUUUGGGUUCUGUUCAUAGUGGUGAGUUGUCUGCAUUGCAAGUCGAAGUCAGAAAAUACAUGGGCAGAAAACCUAGUUGGAACAGGGUGACUGAUGAUGGAAUACAGACGCGUGCCCAUUUGGAGGCACAGUUAGCAUCAAGUUUGGCUUUGAAGUCCCCAAAUGAAUACCGCCAGUGCCUUCUAUCUUACAUACGCUUCCUAGCAAGAGAAGCAGACGAGUCACGAUUGCGUGAAGUAUGUGAAAGUUUCCUAGGACCUCCUACCGGGAUGGCAGAAGCAGCAACUUCUUCUUCGGACUCAAAGAACGUGGCUUGGGAUCCUUGUGUACUUGGGAUGAGAAAGCAGAAACUCCUGAGAGAAGACAUUCUUCCAGCAAUGGCAUGCAACAGAAAAGUACAGAGGUUGCUCAAUGAAUUCAUGGAUCUCUUGUCCGAAUACGAAGGUGCUGAGGCUGACACUAACAACAUUAAUCAGAAAAAUUCUGCUCCGCUGCUACCUGGACCCCACGAGGCUGUCGAAAAGAUGGAUGUUGACCCGCCAGCACCAAAUAAUGAGACAGCUCAUCAGCAAGAACCCGUCAAACCAGUGACCGAUGCUAACAAGGAUCCUGUUCCGAUGCUUACUGACAAAGACCCUUAUCCCGGUGUCAUUACAGGUGAUGACAACAAGAAUCCUGAUGAUCUGUGUGUCUCAAAGGAGAAAACCCCUGAUGAUUUGAGAGCCUCAAACGACAAGAACCCCGAUGAUCUGUGUGUCUCAAAGGAGAAGAACCCUGAUGAUUUGAGAGCCUCAAAUGACAAGAACCCCGAUGAUCCGAGUCCCUCAAAUGACAGGAACUGUAACCAGCUGCCAGUAAAGCAAGUAGAUUCUGCUCCUUUAGAUGAGGAUUUGGUUGCCGAAGAUUCUCUUGCUGAAGAAGAUUAACCAUAUAAUAGGACAUAGUAGUACAAUGGAUAUAUAGGUACAAAGCUGCAAUUUGUUGCCUGCUAUUUGCAGCUUCUAAGGACAGCUUCCCGAAGGGGACAGGGAAAGCAAGCAUCAGCUACUGAAUCAUGUCUCGACUCCUUUUGGUUUCGUUACUGCAGCUUCUUCAUAUGUAAUAGAUACUAGUUCUAAUUGGUUAGUUUAAAGUUUCUUUUGCCUGUGGAUUCUUUGAGACUAAUUAUAAUCAAUUGAGCUUAGUGUUGGUUUUUCCAUGUGUCUUUUGCUUGAUAGGUGGUUGAAGAAGCAGAAUUCUGCAGAAGAUAACUAGACUACUGCAUUGGGCUUUUGAUGUAGGCUUUUUGUAAGUGUCAAAGUGGGC